AUGCUCCCUUGGAUCUACCCCGUGCGCGCUAUACAGAUUGUCUUCGCCAUCAUCGUCCUUGGUCUGACCGCGUAUGCCGUUGGUGAAAUCUUCGACUCCCCCAACACGAUCAACUAUGUGCUCUUUGUCAGUGUCUGGACCUGGAUUGCAACCAUGUACCUUUUCCUAGCGCCCGCAUACUUCCCCGUCCUUGCGAAUCGCAUCGCCAUUUUGGCCGUGGAAGCUGUCACAAUGGUUUUUUGGUUUGCCGGCUUCAUUGCCCUGGGAGCUUGGUUGCCGUCACCAAGCUUCUGUAAAGGAGAUCUCUGCAACUCAUUGCAGGCGGCGACAGUGUUUGGGUCAUUUGAAUGGGCCCUGUUUGCGGUCACUACCGGCGUGGUUAUAUACAACUUCCGCAGAAAUUCGAAGCCCGCACCGCCGUCAACAGUCAACCUUGGCGUCUGA